AAAACUAAGGCCACGUCCCUCUCAUUAUCUCCCCUUCUCUCUCGACCCAACCAAAUCACAGUAGCACCUGUCUAAGCCUCUCGCCCCACCUCCUCCCUUUUUAAAGUCACGAGACCGACUGUCCCCUUUGAUCUUUCAAUUUGUGUGUUUGAGAGAGUGAGAGAGAUGUCUCCAGACGGCCUGGCAGAGAAACUGAAAGAGAACUUUCAAGCUCCUUUCUCCACCUUCACUCAACUAGCCUCUAUAUUGCAGUCUCAAACUGAAGUCUUAUAAUUUUCCAAGCUUUAGUUAUCUUCCAUCUGAAGUGUUCGCCUCAUAUUUUCUGUCUUUCUCUGUCGGUACCAUGAGACCGGAGAGGAACCCCCUAGACCUCAACAACUUGCCCGAAGAUUUCACUAGAGACGGAAAACAGGUCUUUGAGGAUAGCUCCUCCUCCGCAGGCUGUAGGAAAAAGAAAAGCGGCGGAAAGGAUGGAAAAGAUGAGUGUGGGAAGGUCUAUGAGUGUAGGUUUUGUUCCCUCAAGUUCUGUAAAUCUCAAGCUCUAGGAGGACACAUGAACCGCCACCGCCAAGGCAAGUCUUCAAAUAUCUAUAUUGUGUUGCCGUGUUGGUGGUCAGAGAGAGAGACAGAAACACUGAACCGGGCUCGUCAGAUUGUCUUCAGUAACGAAAACCUAGCCGCCCAAGGGGUCCCUCAUCUAGGCGGCCAACCCAUCGCACCAGGGAGCUUUCAUCAAACAGGCAACAUGGGAGAUCCAACACUACCCUUCAGAUCAGUCUACCCAACAAGAAUGUUUUCGGGUUCUUCAUCAACACUCUUAACACCACCACCACAACCAUAUCUAUACGCUUCGCCAUCGCGCUUAGUCUCUUAUCCAUCACAGUAUCCUCCACCCUCAAUGAAUGAUUACUAUGUAGGCCACGUCCUCAGCAGCGGCUCACAGUACAGUCAUCCGGGUCUAAAUUACGGAGGUGCUUCAGAUUCAAAUUACACCUGCAUUGGAGCACCAGUGGGACAUGGGUUCCCACCCAGCAAUGGAGGGGGACGGGGGUCCGAAUUGGGUGGAUCAGGAGGAGGAGGAGGAGGAGGAGGUGGUGGUGGUGGUGGUGGUGGUAGGGACGGGUCACUGCAGAAUCAGGAGGAAGGGUUGAAUUGGGGAAGGAGCUAUGCAGGGUCACAGCAACGUAUGGACCCUUCUUUGAUCAAUCGGUUUCAAGAUGGGUUCUAAAGAUUUUUUGAGUGCGAGUGGAAGGUUUAAUCUGCUGUGACACGCCACUUAGAGAGAAAGAGAGGGAGAGGGAGAGAGAAGCAAUAAACUGACAAAUGUGGUCAUGCAAGAAAGAGAAGGAAGUUUUGGUUUUUCUACAGGUAUGGGACAGCUUUUGAGCUCAUACAGAGUCUCAGCUAGUUUGGCUUGGAGCUUGGGAUUGGAGGGCUUGUAUUGGUGUGUUGUACCAACAUUGAAAAGGAAACCAGAGAUGGUAAGAAGAGGGACUUGUGCAGGUGGGACAAGGAGUUAGAUAUGAACUGAAAGUUUCCAACCCUUUUUUGCAUUUGGAGUUCGUUUUGCAUGGCAAUGAAUUUUUUUAUUUUCUUUUUGUGUUUUUGUGCCUUCUCUACCUCCAUCUUUGACCAGAGAUGAGAGGAGGAAGCUGCUGUUCUCUCUCUCUCUCUCUCCCUCUCUCCUUCCCUCUCUCUCUACAUAAUAGGCAUUUAAGUCUCUUGAUACUCUAAUGGCCACACAAUGCUUACACAAUACGGGCAAUGAACUAGACAGUGUUCUGGGAUUCUGUUGAACUCGUUUUUGCUGAAAGUUUCCUGAUCAGAGCUAAUCAAUUCUGUCAAGCAAUGUCUGUAUAAGACUCUUUCUUGAA